CACAAAAUGCACAAAAUAAAACAGUACGAGCAGUGAAAUCGCAUGAAGGUUCGCCGGUGCUCGUCGUACUGCUGGUGGUCUUUGCUUGAUCCACUAUAAAUUGAUGUACUUGUUCUUCCGCGGUCUCUCCAAAUAUCCAACAAAAUUCAAAUUCAAAGCUUGUUUCUUCCUCUCUUCUCUCAUGGAAUCCCAAUCCGAAGCUCCAAUUCAGUUAUUUCUGUGCGGAAAGUCGUACGCUGAGAAAGAAAUCGCUAAAACUUUGCAAUUUCAACUUCAAUUUCCCAAUUCUUCUCAAUUUCUCCUUCGUCUUCAGUCACAACUCCAGAAACCUACCACCACCACGUCGUUUCGUGUCGAUUCCUUCUUCAAUUCCCUUUCCACCUCUCGUUUUGGACGCUUUCUCAUCUGGUCUCCUCGAUUGCCGUCUACACACGACAUCGUUUCCAUGAAUUUCAGCGAGCUUCCUGUAGGAGCAGUUUGUGUUGCUGAUCUUCAAUUCAAAGGCAGAGGAAGGUCAGCAAAUGUCUGGGAAUCUCCACCAGGUUGUCUUAUGUUUUCGUUUACCCUACAGAUGGAGGAUGGACGAAUCGUGCCUUUAGUGCAAUAUAUUGCCUCUCUUGCACUUACUGAGGCCAUCAAGGAUCUUUGUUUUGAGAAUGGCCUACCUCAGUUGGGGGUUAAAAUUAAGUGGCCAAAUGAUCUUUUCUUAAAUGGUUUGAAGGUUGGUGGGAUACUGUGCACCUCCACAUAUAAAUCAAAGAAAUUCAAUAUAAGUGUGGGAAUAGGCUUGAAUGUAGAUAAUAAACAACCAACGACUUGUUUGAAUGCAAGGUUGCAACAAAUAGCCUCUAUGAGCUGCCAAUUACGCAAAGAUGACAUCUUGGCCUCCUUCUUUAACAAGUUUGAGAAUUUCUUUGACCUUUUCUUAAGCAAAGGUUUCAAACCUUUGGAGGAACUCUACUACCAAACUUGGUUACACAGCGGACAAAGAGUUACUAUACAGGAUAAUUGUGAGGGCCAACCAGUGGAUAAUGUUGUUACUAUUCAGGGAUUGACAUCAUCAGGAUAUUUACUGGCAAUUGGAGAUGAUGGUCAAAUGUGCGAGCUUCACCCAGAUGGCAAUAGCCUUGACUUCUUCAAAGGACUAGUCAGACACAAAUUGAGUUGAAGAGUGCGCUGCCAUUCCUUUUCAUGUGCUAUUUAUGAGAGAUGUGCGUUCUGGUGCAAGAGCUUGUCCCAUAACAAUUGGCAAUGGACGGUUGGUUUCUGUUAUAAUACGUGUUACAUGCGUAUAAUGACUAUGAUUCCUGUGUUGUGUUGGAUUAUCUUCCAUAUUUUGAGUUCCUACGUGGGUUGUGGGCGUUGAGGUAUGGCCUAGCAGAGUAGCUGUAGUUGCCACUUUUGUUUGUACUCGAUACAUUAUUGCAGACUUGAAUUCUUAUGAAGUAUGUUUGUGGGCUCCUUCCUAACUUAAAUUUGUCUAUCUUUCUUUCUUGUGCCCACUUUUGUUUUUGCUCGAGUCUCCCCCUAAAAGAGUUGGUCAUCCCGUUCACGACCUCUCGGAGUUUCAGUUUUGUACACCUAAAUAGGGGGCAUUGUCUUCUCUUUGAUAGUUCUUUGUAAUGAAGAAAGUAUUUCACUCUUUAGGAGUGUAUAGGUAAAAAAAACAUAGGUGAAAAAUAGCGACUAAAAGUAUAGAAUAUAACUAGAAAAAUACUUUUAUGAUACUCUUUAUUUCCUAGAGGAUGAAAUUGAUAAUAAUUCCAUGGGGGUGUUAGUGUUGUGAACCCCACAUUUAGUACGUAGGACAGCUUAGAGGGAGGGCCUUCUUCAGAAGUUUGCAUUGGUAAAGCGAGAAAUGCAGAACCAAUCAUUUAAACAGUAGUAAAUUGUCCAGGAUCCAAUUUACUACCAAUACAAUAGAGUAUGGCAUCAUCUGCUGUUUACCUGGCCCGCUACUAUUUUUAUUUGUGGCUUCUUCACAAUAGACGGUGGAAUAUCACGUGACUUUGGACACUAACUAGUAGUGUACAUGUUUUUGUUCACUACAACGUGUUCUCAUUUUAGUUGCAAAAUAAGCUAAGUUACUCUGUUGUUAAACCAUGCUUCUCGAUCAGUAAUACAUCAAUGUUUGGUUUGGUUUGGUUUGGUUUUAACGCCUGCCACAGUGUGGCAAGCGGUGUGGUGUGCAUUAGUCCUAUGGGGGUUAAGUUGUAUCGAAAAUGACUUGUACCAAAUUGUACUGGGUGAGUGAGUGGGUGGGUACUGGAAUUUGAUCUUAGGGUGCGUCGUUUUCCUUACUUUGGGAAAAAAGAAUUAAGUAAAAGUAAAAUAGAAAGGGUAAAAGAAAAUGACAUAGACACAGAAGUGGAAAGAAGAAAGGGGUGAGUUGAAGAGUUAGAUUCGAUAGGACAUUUAAAGCCAUGGGAAGCAUUAGAGGAAGAGGAUGAACUGUCCUUUUCUGGGUUAA